AUGGGCAUUCAAAGUGCCAAUAAACGAUCUCCCAUUGAGAAUAUUCGUCCUGCUUCAAUACCUUUUCAAUUUCUUUAAUCCAAUUAUUCCUUUCCAUGCUAUUUUUUGCUGGGCGUUAUAAUUCAAGGACACGAAAACCUUGAAAUAUCAACGCCCUGUCUGGAUAAAAUGAAACGGACUAUCAAAAGUUAUUCAAACUGGAAUGGUGGAGAACCAAAUAACAGCAACCAAAAUGAACAUUGUGUUGAAGUAGUAAAUUCAUUUGGUGGAUGGAACGACAUUGAUUGCUAUUCCCAAAGAAAUUUUUUGUGUGAAAAACCAAGUUUGUAUAAUAUUUAUAAACAGUAA